GUCCGAGGACGAGAAGGAUGUCCAGAAAGGACACGUCGCAGAAAGGAACCUCUUCCGCCAGUUUGACUCCUUAGUGGGAUGACCAGAGACAACAGGCCACACAAAAGAGCACCCUGGAGUCAAUGAGGUUUCACAAGUGACAAAUUCCUCUGAAAAAACUACAGGCUCCUUCUAUCAUUAUUCUAAACAGAGAAAGUGAUGGUUUCAGUCCUAACUGUCCCGGGAGAUGUAGCUGUGAUUCUAUGCAGGCAGUACAAUGCUACAGAUUACUAGAAGUGCCGUCUGGUAUUCCUUCCACCACCAAGAGGCUCUACAUUAGCCACAGCAGAAUUCCACACCUCCAGCUAUCUAACUUCACCCAACUGGUGGCUCUAGAAGAUUUUAUUCUGUUGGCCAGUGGAACAGAAUCAGUAGAAAAUGAUACCUUCAAAACUCUAAGUACUCUGAAGACCUUAGAAUUUUGGAAGAAUAAAUUGAGACGAGUCCCGAGCGCUCUCCCAGCCAAUCUUGAAGUGCUAAAACUAAAUGACAACUCAAUAUAUGUCCUACAUAGAUCAGACUUUGAAGGAUUGAAGAAGUUAAAAAUCCUUGAACUUAAAAACAACCUGAUCUCUUCUCUCUCCCCUAACAUGUUCUCCUCCCUUGUCAGUUUGCAAAGUUUGAUGUUGGAUGGUAACAAUAUGGAAACCAUAGCCGGGCCCCUGACACUUCCCCACCUGAAACAUAUGAGCAUGGAGAAUAACAAACUACAUCUUAUACCAGGUAGCUUCUUUACAUCUCUACAUUCUUUGCAAUUUCUCAGUUUCAGUGGUAACUUUCUGACUAAAAUUCCUGUUAAUCUACCCAAAUCUUUGCUAUCUUUAAAGAUGGAGAGAAACCAGCUCAAAGUGGUAAGGUUUCAAGAUAUGAAAUAUUUGGAGAAUCUUUCCCAUCUUUAUCUGUCAGAGAACUUUCUUUCUUCCAUUGAAGGGGCACAACUCCUUGCCAAUUUAACUACUCUUGAACUGUCCCAAAACCAGCUUCGAAUGUUCCCCCUCAAACUACCAGCAAGGCUACAAAAGCUUGAUUGCAGCAAUAAUAUGAUUCAGAAAGUUACAGCACAAGACUUCCAGGACCUCCAGGACUUGAAACAUUUAUUUCUGGACAACAAUGUUGUCAGCUUGUUUGAAGCUGGAGCUCUUCAGAGAUGUUCUCAGCUCUCCAACUUGGCCCUGGAGCAGAACCUGCUGUUGUCUAUACCUUUAAAGCUCCCAGGGACCUUAGCCAGGCUGGACCUAAAAGGCAAUGCCAUCCAGGACAUCACUGAGGGGGAGCUCAAGGAUCUCAAGCAGCUUCAGGUUCUAAACCUUAGAAAUAACAAGAUCUCUGCCUUAGACCUCAAAGUCCUGGAAGGCCUGCCUCGUCUCAGGCACCUGUACCUUGAUGGAAAUCCGUGGAAUUGCACCUGUAGUCUCCUCAGAGCGAGGGAGGUCCUGAAGGCCAAGGGCACAGACGUGAGGGGCGGCCAAUGUGCAGCACCGGCUGAACGACAAGGGGAGAGCUGGAUGUCCUCCAAGAAGAUCAUGAGGCAGUGUGAGCAUUACUUACACCUGAUCGAGAAAAGCAAAGAGAACAAAAAGAAACCAAAACCUGAGGAUCUCUCCAGCAUCAGAAUCAGCAUGGAUGAUGAUUAUUAUGAUUAUGAAUUAGAUUAAAAAUGAACUUUGUUUACAGUUUAGAAAUGUUUUUUUUAAUACACAAUCUCUUAAGCAGACCUAUAUUGUAUCAUACAGCUAGGUAUGCAAGACACUUUUGUAUUAUAAUUUCUGAUUUGUGUAUAAUCGCUUUUCAUCUUUGUGGGGUACAUGUGCUUUUGCAAAGCAUGCACAGUGUUUUUUUAUUCUUAUUAUUGUUUAGAGAAUGAAUGAGGGUUAAAAUAAAUUGUGGUGGAGGAAUAAAGUAGUAAGAAGAUGUAGAAAUCUCUCCAUUUGAAUAGUAACUUGUUUGUGUUUUAUACUGAAAUC